GCACACCAGAGCGACUGAACACUUCUUCAGCCUCGCUGAUACUAAAAGUUUUAACCUCUCAACGACUGUUACAAAAAUAUUAUUUGAAAAAGGACACUGUCGAAACCGGAGACAGUAUCCGCACACAGAGCUGUAUGAUAGACAAGCUCAAAACGAACUUUUAUCCCGAUCAGCCGUUGUACUGAGAAGGGCUGUCUGUACACGGUUCUCCAACAUUCAGCCGACUUGUUUCGGCUUUUCUCAGGACUACUAACAGCGUUAACCCGAGGACAUCUCUGAGUUUUCCUUUAAGUCUGUCGAUAAGUUUGGACUGAGAGUAAAGAUCUCUCUAACAUUUGGAACGAUGGUACAGAAAACAAGCAACACGGAGAACCCUGAAGCGCUGUUUGCUGGAGAGUCUUCCGAUUCCGGCGCAAUGGACCUGGACAUGGCUUCGUCCCCUACUCCUGGUUCUACGGCAUCCGCCGGAGAUAAGCUGGACCCCGGUUGGUGCAAAACCCCCAGUGGUCAUAUCAAGAGACCGAUGAACGCUUUCAUGGUGUGGUCACAGAUCGAAAGGCGUAAAAUUAUGGAACAGUCGCCGGACAUGCACAACGCUGAAAUCUCCAAGAGACUUGGGAAGCGCUGGAAGCUCCUGAAAGACAGCGACAAGAUCCCCUUCAUUCGUGAGGCGGAGCGGCUCAGACUGAAGCACAUGGCGGACUACCCAGACUAUAAGUACCGGCCAAGAAAAAAGGUUAAGUCGAGCAGCUCUAAGCCAAACGAGAAGGGGGAAAAGAUGAGCGGCAGCAAUUGCAACAGCACCAGCUCCAAGUCGUCCUCGAAGAAGCACGGGGGCUCCAGAUCAUCAAGCAAACCGCACAAAAUAGUUCUGGCGAGCGCCAAAGCAGCCUUCCCGGAGCAAGCUUCUCAUGCUGUCGUCGCUGAUCACCAUUCACUUUACAAAUCCAAGUCUGUAUCGGCUGCCAAGCAAAUCCCCGACAAGAAAACGAAGCGGGUUUACAUUUUCGAAACUAGCAACGGUAUUAGCCCGUCCUCAGCGGCUGUCCCUGCCAGCCCUACGCUCAGCAGUUCUACCGAGUCCAGCGACCCGUUGAGCCUCUACGACGACGGCGCAGCGAGCGGCAAGGAAGGCGCCGAGUCCCCGAGCAGCGCGUCCUCUGACCGACACAGGUACACCAGCAUGCGAGCGUCUUCACCCACUCCAUCCGCUUCACAUUCAUCUUCCUCUUCACAAUCUUCGUCUUCAGACGAGGAAUUUGAGGACGAUUUACUGGACAUUAACCCCAGCCCUGGUUUUGAUAACAUGUCAUUGGGAAGCAUUGGCUCUUCCGUACUGGACAGAGACUUGGAUUUCAAUAUUGGGUCGGGGGCAGGUUCACAUUUCGAAUUCCCCGACUACUGCACCCCUGAAGUGAGCGAAAUGAUUUCAGGAGACUGGCUAGAGUCGACAAUUUCUAACCUGGUGUUCACGUAUUGAAAGAAGAAAAACGAAAGGAAGUGAUGUUCGUGAAGAAACAAAACAAGCAAAAGGGAUGCCGAGGAGGUGAGUUUGUAUCAUAGGCUACCAAGUGAGGGUCCUGCCCGAGAGAGCAACGGCAAGCGCCGAUGAACAAAGCAAAUGCUCGCGUUUUAUUUCAAGAUCAAGGACUGCAGGGGUAUUUGCUGAAAGAGGGUUGAAGCACUACCCCAGCGCUUGGGCAAAAACAAAACAAAACAAACAAACACGAGUGGAAGAUACUCAUGUGUCCCGAUUAGGAGUGACUGAGAUCCUUUUGAAAAAAAAAAAAAAAUAUCAGCAACAAAAAAACACUCGCUCUGAACUGGAAACUGUGAUUGA